GGCCUCCGCCCCGCCCCGCCCCGCCCGGGGGUCCCUGCGGGCCGGGUCCUACCGCCGGGCGCCGACAGCCCGCGCCCGAUCCCCGACCCAGGAGCCGGGCGGGAUGGGGCUGAGCCGGGCCGGGGCGGGGAGAGCGGCCCCCGGGACGAGCGGUCCCGCGGGGCGAGACAGCGGGAGCCGAAGCACCAGGCAGCUCCCGACAGUCUUUACAGGCAAGGUCAGCUCCCAGACUACUGUACCUGGCAGCACAAUCUGGGGAGGAGUUGAGAAGCUAACAGUGGCAAAAGAACAGGCUAAGAACUAUAUGGAAAAUCUGGAUGUCUACAAGUCGGUGGGGCUGGACUUGAUGCACCUGAGGAUGUUGUGAGAGUUGGCCAGUGUGAUUGCAGAGUCACUGGCCAUCGUCUUUGAAAACUCAUGGUUUUCAGGAGAGGUCCCAGAGAAUUGGAAAAGGGCAAAUAAUAGUACCCAUCUUUAAGAAAUGGAAGAAGGAGGAUCUGGGAAACUAUGGAUAGAUCAUCCUUACCUCAGUCCCUGGAAAAAUCAUGGACCAGGUCCUCAAGGAAUCAAUUUCUAAGCACUUGGACGGAAAGAAGGAGAUUAGAAACAGUCAGCAUGGAUCCACCAAGGGCAAAUCAUUCCUGCCUACCCGAUUGUCUUCUAUGAUGAGAUGACUGGCUCUGUGGAUAUGGGAAGAGCAAUGGACAUAAUAUACCCUGACUUUAGCGAGGCUUUUGAUAUGGUCUCCCACAAGGUUCUCGCAAGCAAGCUAAGGAAGUAUGGGUUGGAUGAAUGUUCUAUAAGUAGAUAGAAAACUGGCUGCAUAAUUGGGCUCAGAGGAUAGUAGUAAAUGGCUCAAUAUCUAGCUGGCAGCUGGUGUCAAAUGGAGUGCAUCAGGGUUUGGUUCUGGGUCUGGUUUUGUUCAAUAUCUUCAUCACCAACUUGGGGGAUGGCAUAGAGUGCACCCUCAGCAAGUUUGCAGAUGACAUGAAGCUGGGAGGAGUAGAUACGCUGGAGGGCUGGGGUAGGAUUCGGAGAGACCUCAAUAAAUUGGAGGAUUGAUCCAAAAGAAACCUCAUGAGGUUCAGCAAGGACAAGUGCAAAGUCCUGCACUUAGGAUGGAACAGUCCCAUGCACCAGGACAGGCUGUUGACCGACUGGCUAAGCAGAAGCUUUGCAGAAAAGGAGCUGGGAGUUGCAAUGGACAGUAAGCUGGAUAUGAGUCAACAGUAUGCCCUUAUUGCCAAGAAGACUAAUAGCAUACUGGGCUGCCUUAGUAGGAGUGUUGCCAGCAGAUUGAGCAAAGUGAUUCUUCUCCUCUCUUCAGCACUGGACAGAGAACUGCGACCAGAAGAAAUUGAAGAACUACGAGAAGCCUUCAAGGAGUUUGAUAAAGACAAGGAUGGGUUUAUUAACUGCAGGGACCUGGGGAACUGCAUGCGCACCAUGGGCUACAUGCCUACUGAGAUGGAGCUCAUAGAGCUUUCCCAGCAGAUCAAUAUGAACCAGGGUGGCCAUGUGGAUUUUGAAGACUUUGUGGAGCUCAUGGGACCAAAGCUUCUGGCAGAAACUGCAGAUAUGAUUGGUGUGAAGGAACUACGUGAUGCCUUCAGAGAGUUUGACACCAACGGUGAUGGAGAGAUCAGCACUAGUGAGCUUCGGGAGGCCAUGAAAAAGCUGUUGGGGCAGCAGGUGGGCCAUCGGGAUAUUGAGGAGAUCAUCCGGGAUGUGGACCUGAAUGGAGAUGGGCAUGUUGAUUUUGAAGAGUUUGUUCGGAUGAUGUCCCGUUGAAGGUUAUUCUCAGCUGAAGAGGAACCAGCACCUUACAGAGGGCAGAAGAGGACCUAGGUGGAGCAUCUAGCCCCGAUGUUGCCACACAAAGGUUAACAGGCUGGCUGCAUUUGAGACAGUGCGAGGCAACCCGCCUCUCCUCCCCUAAAGUGGUCCCCACGUCCUUCCGCCCUUUCACACUGUGAAAGACUCGCACCUCCUACAACUGGAACCGUUCCUCAGAGAUGACGACUGCCGCAGAGCCAGGACUCGCCACGAUGCUGGGACGUUUGCAACUUUAGACACCUCCUCCCUUGCUUUUUAAUCACCUGCCAACUGCUGCAAAACAAGUGAAAGAGAGACCCUAUCAGAUGGGUGGACGAGAGUUAAGCCCUCUGGGAUCGGUGAUGGCAGCAGGGUGCACUGUGCACCUCUCGGUUUCCCUUGGUGACCCGUGUCUGUUUUUGCUGUCUGUGUGUGUCUGUCUGUCUGUCUGUGUGGAGUUAUUUAUGCCCCCAGUACCUUCUCCUGUCUCCUUUUGUUUAUAUUUACUAAGAGCAAAUACAAAUAUACAUUUGGGAAAAACAGAAAAGAGAUAAAUAUGCAAGCUGAA